UGCGUCUCCCGCUUAAUCAGUGACUGCGGUCGCGCCCGCGGGGUCCGGAGGUCGCCGCCAGCCAUCCUCGCUCGCCGCCUCGACAUCAUCGCCGUCAUUUUCCCCGGCCGACUCGCGUGCGUCAUGAAGGCAGCGCCGACCAAGAGGAGGCUGAUCUUGCUGGUGUGCGUCUUGUCCGUAUCCCUGGUGACGCUGAUCCUGGGCCUCGGACUGGGACUGGGUCUGGAACUGCGGAGUUGCCGAGAUCGAGUGGAACCGCGGACGUCGUGCAGGAAUCGCUGCUACGAGCCGUACGACGGCGACACCCCCGGGUGCAGAUGUGACGCCGCCUGCCAGGACAGCGGAACCUGCUGCCCCGACUACCACGACCUCUGCAAAGCCCCCGCGGAACUGUGGGAAUGCACGCAUCUGCGCUGCGGCGAGACCAGGCUGUCCAACAGCAGGUGCCACUGCUCCGACGACUGUUCUGCGAAUUUUGACUGCUGCAGUAACUACCGGCACGUGUGCCAAGGACAAAGCCAGUGGGUGGAGGACGAGUGCGAGGACCUGUCACGCCCCUCCUGUCCACCAGGCUUCUCGCGCCAGCCGCUGCUUCUGGUGUCUCUGGACGGCCUGCGGGCCGACUACCUGCGCCUGUGGAAACCGCUCAUCCCGGUGCUCGCCAAACUUCAGAAAUGCGGAACGUCAGCUUCAUACAUGCAUUCAUCUUUUCCCACCAAGACUUUCCCCAACCACUACAGUAUUGNCCAGGGUCUGUAUCCCGAGUCCAACGGUUUGAUUGACAACGUGAUGUACGAUCCGGUGAUGGACGCCAUUUUCACGUUGUCGGGUCCGGAGAAGGAGAACCCGGAGUGGUACCUGGGACAGCCGAUUUGGCACACGGCCAAGUACCAGGGGCUGAAGUCCGGGACCUUCUUCUGGCCCGGAUCGGACGUGAAAAUAAACGGCAGCUUCCCGGACAUCCACCGGCCGUACGACGGGAAAAUCCCGUUUGAGGAGCGAGUCCUGACGGUGUUGAAGUGGCUCCAGCUGCCGGACGGGCAAAGACCUGACUUCUACACCCUGUACCUGGAGGAGCCGGACAAAUCGGGACACAGCUUCGGUCCCGUCAGCGGAGGGGUGGCCCAGUCCAUCAAAGCCGUGGACAAGGUGGUCGGUCAGCUGAUGAACGGACUCAAGCAGCUGGGACUUCACCGCUGCGUCAACGUCAUCGUGGUCGCCGAUCACGGCAUGGAGGAGACGAGUUGCGACAGGAAGGAAAACCUGCAGGAGCUUCUGGGGGACGUCGGCGACUCCAUCGUCACCGAGGGACCCUUUGGAACAGGAACAGAACCAGUUCCAGUUCCCCCAACUAGUAACAGCAGAGGAACCAGGAUCAGUCGUGUGUGUGUGUUGUGUGUUUCAGUGGAUGCUGCCGGCCUUGUCGCCAACAUGACGUGCAAAAGUGCGACGCAGAAGCUGCGGCCGUACCUCAAGUGGCACCUUCCCAAACGGCUUCACUUCGCCAACAGCCGUCGCAUCGAAGACGUCAACGUGCUGGUGGAGCCCAAAUGGCUGCUGGAGAGGCUUCCGGGGUCGCUGCGCUUCUGCUCCGGCGGCCAGCACGGCUACGACAACGAUGUGGCCAGCAUGCACGCCAUGUUUGUCGCCCACGGACCAAAGUUUGCCUCCGGCACGGAAGCGGAGCCCUUCUCCAACAUCGAGCUCUACAACCUCAUGUGCGACGUGCUGCAGAUCUCGCCGGCCGCCAACAAUGGGACGCACGGCAGCCUGAACCACCUGCUGCGACGGCCCUUCUACACCCCGCUGGCCCCGCCGGAGCGGAACGCGCCCGGCGAGUGCCGCCUCGACACGUUGCAGCCGCAAGACCCGCUGGCCUGCUCCUGUGCCCACAUGAACGCAGACGACGUCACGGCCGCCAACCGUCGCCUCAACAUGACGUCCGCUCAAGAGGACGCGGCGCGGCGCAAACACCUGAUGUUCGGCCGGCCCCGCUCGCUGCGGCACGGGGAGCGUUACUGCAUCCUCCACCAGGAGGCGUUCGUCAGCGCCUACAGCGCUGACCUGAAGAUGGCGCUGUGGAGCUCCUUCAGCGUGGACGUGCCGAGCAACUCGGAGCCGCUGCCGCCCGUCGCCACCAACUGCCUGCGGGCCGACGUCCGAAUUCCUCCGGCCGACAGUCGCCGUUGCGACGAGUACGGCGACUUCCGCCCGGCCUUCCUGUACCCGCCCGGUCUGAUCCCGGAGGAGGCGGAGCGACGCGACGCCUUGCUCAGCAGCCACUUGGUGCCCAUGUACCUUCAGUUCCACAGGAUCUGGGCCUACUUCCACGGCACCCUGCUCAAAAAAUACGCGGCCGUUUACAACGGCAUCAACGUGCUGACGGGCCCCGCCUUCGACUACGACCACGACGGACGCCAUGACCGGCCCGAGCUCAUCGGGAGGUGGGCGACGCCGAGCAACGUGUCGGUGCCCACGCAUUACUUUGUCGUGCUGACCAGCUGCCGGAACGCCAGCCGACCGCUCCGAGAAUGUGACGGACCGCUGCGCGCCGUGGCCUUUCUCUUGCCUCACCGGCCGGACAACUCCGAGAGCUGCAAGAGCGCCGAAGACGAAGCCUCUUGGGUGGAGGAUCACAUUUGGUUCCAUCAAGCCCGAGUACGAGAUGUGGAGUGGAUCACGGGACUGGACUUCUACCAGGAGAGUCAGCGACCGAUGCCUGAGCUGCUGCGGCUCAAGACCCGCCCCACGGCCGCCACUCCGAAGCCAUGAAUGUGGAGGA